AUGGCUUCAAUGUUUCCAGAUCCUAGACGUAUUGUCACUGGCCACAGUCCCGAUGGCAAGGCCAUUGUAGUCGCAGACAGCACUAUUCCCUGCGUACCAAUACUGGGCAAGGCAAACUUUGCUGUUCUGUAUGAGACGCAUCGAUUUCCGGAAUCCAAUGACGAAUGGGUUGAUCCUACCAAAUCUCGUACUACCGAUCUAUCCAAUGACCAAGGCGUAGUACUUCGAGUGGUAGACUUUGCACCAAAUACCGAGACUAUGUUCCACAGAACCGAGUCUCUAGAUUUUGGGAUUUUGCAUAGUGGAGAGAUAACCUGUCACCUUGACGAUGGUGUGAGAGUCGACAUGAAAGCAGGCGACGUCUGCGUCCAGCGAGGGACGAUUCACGGGUGGACCAACUACUCUGACAAGCCCGCCAGGGUCUUCUUUGUUCUGACUGCCGCUCAUCCUGUCAAUAUUGAUGGGGAUCUUCUAAAAAAGACGGGAUAUUCACAGGAGGAAGUUCAGUCUGGUGGAGUGUUAAAUUAG